CAACUCAGUCCAGCUCGUCUUUACAAAUGCACUCUACUUCAAAGGAGCAUGGGAUGAGGACAAAGAUCGUUUCGAAAGCUUUGAGGACAUUGAAAAUGUCGAGAUGGCUUCCUUCAUGACUGCCAAGAGGAAUGAAUAUGGUAAGGAUGGUUGUCAAUUCCUCAAUCAAACAUAUAAAAAGCAAAGUCAAGAUAAGCGCCAAGUCAAGAUGCAUUUCGUUUAUCCGCCUGUAGAUACUGAACAUGGGCGUAGAUACCAUGUUACUGAAACCUUAAUGAAUGUAUGUGGCUGCAUGACCCCAAAAUUUGAUAAUUCUUCUGAGGUGGAGGCUUCCCAUGUGCUGAGGCAACUUGGGGUAACAUCGCCAUUCUCUAAAGGAGAGUUGACAGAAAUGUUUAGUUCUUUUGGUUGUCGAAGGUUAUAUGUUUCCAACAUAUUUCAGAAGUCAUUCAUCGAAAUAAACGAACAAGGGACCCAAGCUGCAACAGCCACCGCUGCAAUAGUAAUGUCUGGGUGUCCACCACGUUUGCCGCGUCUACCUAGAAUAAAAAUACGCUCUAAAGGUUACAUCCCAACCCUCCUUCAUGUUGGGAGCCUAGCAGGGUUUGGAGAUAUUCUCAUGGCCAGAACAGAGUUGGCAAUUAGGAUGACGCUCAGUCCUUUCCCAAGUUCUAAGAAUGCAUAGAUGAUAACAUUUUUUAAGCGUCGGCAAUUUGAAGAAUGAAGGAGUAGCAACUUCGCCUUCGUUAUGUUGCCAUAGCCCUUCCAUGAGAAAAUACCGUAAACCAACAUUUUCUGCAUCCCACAAAUUUAACAGAUUGACAUGAGCAAGAAGCAAUCACAAAUGCACAAGACAGGCGACAAGGUAAAUCAAUCCAUGUCAGGUAAAAUUCACAAUCACAAAGGUAAUCAACACGUGUCAUGUGAAAUUCAUAAUUAUGAUAACAUUUUUAGAAAAAUUAACUUUUUAGUCUUUUAAACUCAAUCUCAAGUAUGGUUUGAUAAAGUUCAGUUCUUAAAUUUUUGACUCACUUGUCUGUCCUUAACUUUUGAAUCACUUGUAUUUUUAUCCUUUAUCAUCCAUAAAUCAAAGCCAGUCAUCAUUGAGUCAUCCUAGUUGGCAAAAUUAUAUGAUGAAUGA